GACGCCGGAAGCCGCCGCUACAGUGUGUCUGUGAGUGAAUGUGUGUUUGAGUGUGUGCCGUCUCUCUCGGUCGUCGCUGCUCCUUCAAUGACUUGCACCGACUCUUACUUCUCCAGCCACCUCUCCUUACACCGGCGGCGUUCAGCAAACUAACCGCUCUGUAUGUGAAACAGCAGGAAACAGCCUCCUCUUCCUGACUGACAAACUUGAAGCCUGCACAUUAUCUGUCGGAGUGUGUGGGAUCAUCAUGUGGAGGAAGGCUUUGGCAGUGGCCCUGCUGGCAUUAGCUGUUGGCUAUUUCUACCAUGGCAGCCCAGACCUGCCUGAGCAGAUUCUGCAGUACAUCGGCCUGCCAAACUUUCAGUCAUCAUCUCACAGUCUCAACGGCCACAACAGCCUGGAGCAGGUGAUCUCCGCAGCCUGGGAGACUCUGAUAACUUUACCAACUCGGCAGUGGAGCAAAGUGGCUGUAGGUGUGAACGCCUGUGUCGAUGUGGUCGUCUCCGGAGUGGGACUGCUGCAGGCUCUGGCUGUGGAUCCUGGCACCGGCCUGGAUCACGAAGUGUUACACUCCAAAGAGGACUUGAAGGAAGCCUUCAUCCAUUACAUGGGGCGUGGAGCAGCUGCCGAGCGCUUCUUCAGCGACAAAGAAGUCUUUCAGAGGAUUGCACGUGCAGCGGCAGAAUACCCCGGUGCGAAGCUGUAUGUGGGAGGAAACGCUGCCCUCAUUGGUCAGAAGUUCGCCACCUACCCUAAUCUGAUGGUUUUGUUAUGUGGACCAGUUGGUCCUAAACUUCAUGAGAUGCUGGAUGAGCAGAUAGUUGUUCCCCCCGAUUCUCUGCAGGAGACAGAUGAAUUUCACCUCAUCCUGGAGUAUAAAGCAGGUGAACAGUGGGGCUCAACUCAGGCACCUCAAGCCAACCGAUUCAUCUUCUCUCAUGACGUGUCCAAUGGGGAGAUGAGCUCACUGGAGACGUUCGUGGCGAGUCUGGAGGAGUUUCAGCCUGACCUGGUUGUCCUGUCGGGGCUCCACAUGAUGGAGGGUCAGGGCAGAGAGCUGUGGGAAGAGCGGCUGAAAGAGGCUGUGGCAGCCAUAUCUGACAUUCGUAAAGAUAUUCCCAUCCACCUGGAGCUUGCCAGUAUGACCGACAGAGACUACAUGAACAGCAUCAUGCAGGAGCAGGUUAUGCCCAUUGUCAGCUCCAUCGGGCUGAACGAGCAGGAGCUGCUCUUCCUCUCUCAGGCCGGUGAGGGGCCUCAUGCAGACCUGCCUGCCUGGAAAGGCAUCCCAGACGUGGGCCGAGUCAGUGACAUCCUCCUCUGGAUCCUGGAGGAGCAUGGCCGCAGCGACCCAUCGUCAGAGGCGGACCUCACUCGCAUUCACUUCCACACGCUGGCCUACCACAUCCUGGCUACUGUGGAUGGAUACUGGGGGAACCAGGCAGCAGCGGUGAUGGCUGGAGCACGAGUGGCCAGCAGUCAGGCCUGUGGUCUCCAGUCAGUUGAUGUCAGCAAAGUGGAGCUCAAAGCCCCGGUGGAGUUUUACAGCUCACACUUUGAGCCACGAGAGGAGCUGUCCCUGAACCCAGCGGAGCCUGUCACAGUGUGGCGUCGUGGAAGCGUCACCUUCCACCUCACACCGGUGCUGGUCUGCAAACAGCCGCUUCGGACAGUUGGGCUCGGGGACGCCAUCUCAGCAGAGGGACUAGUUUACUCAGAGUUAAAGACCCAGCAGCCCUUCUGAGGUUUGCUUCAAUCUGACACUCCAAGUGUUGAUGGGAUGUGCUGAAAGGACCCAGUGAAGUUCCACCUGCAGCUGUGGUUGUUGGGUUGGAGUCAUGUUUCUGAACCUGGUCAAACCUCCGUGUCCUGAACCUGGUUCUGUGUCGUCCUUCCUGAGGCUCCUCUGAGUUUAAGAAUGUGAUCAGUGGCGACAGUUUUAAAUCCUGCCUGAUGACUCCUUCAGCCUACAUCAGUCUCCUCUGUCCUCCCACCUUUAAUACCCCCUCCCCCUCUUCCAGCAGACACAGAAACUGAAACAGGACUUUUACAGAACUGGAUCUGACUGGGCUGUGAGGUAACCUGACUCUAUGCACUGGGUACAGAUCAAAGCCAUCAUCACAAACUCCAAAGAGUUUUUGUUGGCUCACCUAAUUUACUUUGACCUGCAUAUCUUCUGUGCCUUGAGAAAAUAAAAAGAAUUUAAAAGUUGUUAUUAAAUAUUUUAUUCCUAUUUCAGAGCCAAACAAACUUAAGUUAAAAUUAAGCUUCACAUCAGUUAAUCCCUCUGAGAUAUAUAAACACACACAUAUAAAUAAUUAUGUUUGACUGGAAACUGAUGAGCAUCUCACUAUAUGAUAGAAUCUAAGUGGUAUUCUUGAUGUUUCUUUUUCAACUUUUGGUGCAUUCAUGUCAAAAUAGUCACUAGAAAACUUGAACUUGUUAAUUCUCCCAUUGGUAUCUGACUUACCAAGAUAUACUUGACAUUUUUGUUACUUGUCUUGAGAGAAUGGAGAUACUAGAGAGUGUGACAGCUUUUGUGUUUCCUCUGUUCUUUGUCCAAACACUCCCACCAUAAAGAUGUUUCACAACACAGCACUGACAACAGCUAUUAUAAUCUCUGUUGCUUGUUAGGAAUUCCUGAUGCAGAGUCCUUAUUAAGUUUAGAUCAAAUUAUGAAAUGUUACAUUUUAUCUCAUUAUGCAGUAAAGCUCAGAUUACAAUCCGAUGCCAGUAAAUUAAAAGAUGCAGUUGGUAAUAUAUUAAGUUGAGGGUAAAAUAAAAUUUCAAAUUGUAGUGUAUGUCAUACUCUAUCAGGGUUACUGUACUUUUUUUUUAUUCCUGUUUUGUUUGUUCAGAUGUUUGUUCUCUCUUAUCAGGUAUUGCUCCCUCUCACUUCUAAAAUGAAAUAAUGUAACAUGUUUGGCUUGAAACUCUUAAAAGCCUCCUGCUUCAUUUUCAAGCAUAUGAGUAAAUUAUGCUUUGUCGUGGUUUGUUUCUUUUUUUGUGAGCUUAUUUUGAAACACCUGCAUCAUGUGAGAUGUACAGUAUGUAACUGUCAGAGCAAUGUGUUUGUAUACCUCAAAUGGCCACCGAAGGCAUGCAAUAACAAUGGAGUCUUAAUGCAAACAUACAACAAAAAGAUGUGUGGCAUUUAGCAGAAUUACUUCUUUGCACUAGUAGGAAGUGGUAGGUGUGCCUGCAAAGGUGAAUGUAACCUUAACUCCAAACCCACCCUUUAUUUUUAGCAAGUACAAUCUAUUCAACUUUACUCAUUUCAUAGUUUAUGUCUCAUGUUUUUAACAUUUGUAUCUGUCAACAAGUUUCAUUUACUUGUAGUUUGUCAUUAAAAUGUGUAUGGAUGGUA